AUGGUUGUCGUGUCCGUGUACGUUUAUCAUGGAGACAUCUCCGCGAUUAGUAGUAUGGUAAGAUUAGAUAUCGAUGUCAAUAUCCCAUCAUCCAAACGAACCCGUACAUUUUCCAUGGUUGCAAGAAAUGCAUGGUUGCCAGCACAUGAUGUCGCGAAGAUUGCUUCUAAAAAAUCGCCCUUGAUCCUAUUUACCUCGUUGAGUCAUUGCACGUCGCAAUCGAUCACUACUAUCCUCCGUGGAAAAAUGAAGGCCAUGAUGAUUUUGGGUGUCACUGGAUGCAGAUCACCAUUGACGAAAGCCCGGCUUCGACCAAUCUGGCGGACCAAACAGGUCAAUGUGUGA